AUGACCCAAGAUACUACCAAUCCAUCCAGUACCGGCACUGCGCCCAACCGUAUCCAGUACCUAGAAACCACAGACGCAUAUAACAAAUGGGCCAAAGUUUACGAUACAGACAACAACUUCCUGCAAGCCCUCGACACCCUUGAAAUGCAGACCUUACUACCCCACUUUCUGCACCUAUUAGGCAACACCUUCGGGCCCGAUCCUACAAAAUUAAUCGAUCUCGGAUGCGGCACAGGUCGGAACACCCUCCUCCUUGCGCGCUUAGCAUCACCAGAAACGGAGAUAGUAGGGUUGGAUGCGUCGUCGGGGAUGUUGGAUGUCGCGCGGGAGACGAUCGAGGGGAACUCGCGGGUGUCGUUGGAGAUCUUUGAUCUUCUUCAGGAGUCGAUGGACGUGCCGGUGGGUAGUACUCGGGCUGCCGGAAUUAUUUCGACGUUGGUUCUGGAGCAUGUGCCACCGAGACGGUUCUUUGAGGCCGCGGAGAAGAUGCUGAGGCCUGGCGGAUGCUUGUUGGUCACGAAUAUGCAUUCGGAUAUGGGGGCAAUUAGUCAGGCGGGGUUUGUAGAUGUGGAAACGGGGGUGAAGAUCAGGCCGGUGAGUUAUAAGCAUGAGAUUGGGGACGUGGUGGCUGUUGCGGAGGAAGUAGGGUUUCGGGUUGAGUGGUUGGAUGGGGAGGGUGUAAGGGAGAGGAUGGUGGAUGAGAGGCUGGCUGGGGUGUUGGGACCCAGGGCGAAGAAGUGGAUUGGCGUUGUGGUGUGGUUUGGAGUUUGUUUCAGGAAAGUGAUGGAGUGA